UCCCCUAUAUGUCUUUAUGGCCCCUAUAUGGGCGCUGUAUGGGCUCCACGUGCGCCCUGGGCGGGGCCCUAAAGGACCAAUCAGAUCUCGCGGCACCCGAGUGGGCGGGGCGUCACCUUCCAAAUAUGGUCGUGGCCCCGCCCACCUGUAGACCACGCCCCCUGGCCCCACAUCGCCUCAGCGAGCACCUCCACCAAUCAGCGAGCGGCGUCGGCGGGCGGGGAAGCACGCCAUUGGCUGGAGCGGUGGGAGAGCGCGCGCUGAUUGGUCGAGGGGCGAGGCGGGGGCGGGGCUUAGCGAGCGGAGUGCGGCGGCGUUGAGCGCGGAGCGGGAGAGGCGCGAGCGUAGAGCGGGAGAACGAGCCGUGCAGACAGGCCUAGCGGCGCUGUUGCCAUGGAAACCACAACGCAUCCCUAUUGGCCGCGCAAUCUGUCGCUUCCGGGUUACGUCAGCAACGUGCGACCGGGCUGGCAGUGCGCAGGCGCAGUGGCCGCGGCCGGGGCCGGGCUGUUGGCGUUGGGCUGGGCCUUGAACCGGAACGAACGGAGCCCGGUGCGCCGCGUGGCCGCCGGCUGGUUCCUGGUUUGUGCCGGGAUCCACGGGGUCCUCGAGGGGUAUUUCAGCGUCAGGCACCGGGAGCUGCCCGCAGAUACCGGGCUGCUGGGGGAAGUCUGGAAGGAAUACGCCAAGGCCGACAGCCGCUACGUAAAUGUGAGUACGGGGCAACUGAGUGAUGACUUCAGGUCGGUGCAUUGGGAAACGGUGAGGGCCUGGGCUGGGCCCAUCAGCUUCCUGACCUUCGUGUCCUUGAGCCGCCAUCGCUCGCGCUUCGUGCUGCAGCUCAUCGUGUCCCUCGGGCAGCUCUAUGGGGACGUCCUUUACUUUGCCACGGAGGCUCGUGCGGGGUGGACCCACAGCGACCCCCACCCCCUUUAUUUCUGGGUGUACUUUGUGGUGCUCAAUGGGGUCUGGCUGGUGGUUCCCAGCGCCCUCAUUAUCGACGCCUGGAACCAUCUCUGUGCUGCUCAGCGGGACCAUGACAGACCCCACAAGAAGGGACACUGACCCCCGGGACCCCAACCCCAAACAUCAGUGACCCCCAUGGCCCCAAUGUGAAACCAUUGGGACCCCCACGACCCCCACCCUAAAGCAUCAUUGAUCCCCAGGACCCCAACCCUAAACAUUAGUGACCCCCAUGGCCCCAAU